AUGACAUAUGCUUUGAAUGAAUUAAUUGAAAAAACUAUUAAUGAAAGGAAUGAAAUUAUAAAAUAUGAUUACAACUUAUUUGAUAAUUUUAAGGAAAUCAGUAAAGGCUCAUUCGGAACUGUUCGCAAAGCGACAUGGGGAGAUAAUACGGUUAUUCUCAAAAGCUUAAAUAUUGACACUAACAAAAUUAUUUCUGAUGAAAUUAUUGACACUAACAAAAUUAUCAAUAAUGAAAUUAUUGAUACUAACAAAAUUAUCAAUAAUGAAAUUAUUGAUACUAACAAAAUUAUCAAUAAUGAAAUUAUUGACACUAACAAAAUUAUCACUGAUGAAAUUAUUGCUAACAAAAUUAAUGCCACCGAAAUUAAUGUCAAUGAAAUUAUAAACAAUGAAACCAAAAAUGAAAUUUAUAUUAAAGCAUUCGUUAAUGAGCCUCCUAAUGGUAAGAAUAAAAGAAGUAUGACAUUACGUUUUAAAAAAGCGUUUGCUAAGGAAGUUCAAGCUUACGAAAAUAGUGAAAUACCUCAAUCAAAUGAUAUAUUUUCAACUAUAAUUACUGCUGAACAUGUAAAAGAGAUAAUUUCUUGGAUUGAUCCUUCGCCUCAGGAUGUUCAACAUGAACUCAAAUUAAUCUUUAGAGGUAGCAGAGAUGGAUUUAAAGCAAGCGAUUUUUACAACAAAUGUAAAGAUAUAGUUGAUACAAUAAUUGUCUUAAAGGCUCAAAAGACGGGUGAGAUUCUUGGUGGAUACAAUCCUUUGAACUGGAAAGAAAUUAAAAGGAGGAAAUAUAAGGAAACUGAUGCUAGUUUUAUUUUUUCUUUAGGAACAAAUGAUCAACUAAAUUCUACGCUUAGCAGAAUAAAAAUUAGGGAUAAAGCAAUUUGCUGUAAGAAAAAUUUCGGCCCGUCUUUUGGCUUUUUAGAUUUAUAUAUGUCUAGAAAGAAUGAAAAAUUUUGGGGAUGUUUUAAGGCUAAUUACGAAAAAUCGAUCAAAAUUGAAGGAAGUGAAUUUUUAAUAGAAGAUUAUGAAGUGUUUCAAUAUUUUUAG